ACUUUCUGUUAAGGCUUAUGGCCCAAUCCAAUGACGCGGUAGAAUCCUUGGAGUUUGGACAAAGAGAUGACUGAGGAGUACUAUAAAUACACAUACUUCCAUGAAAAGAAGACAGAUCGAGUCACAUAAUCAUCUCUUUUUAACUUCCUUAAAAUAGUUUCUCUCUCUCUCUCUCUCUCUCUCUUACCUGCAUCUUUAUCCCAAUGGGCUCAACAAAUGUACCCCUACAACCUCCAACUUAUGGAAAUCUAAUCACUGUUCUCAGCAUUGAUGGUGGUGGAAUAAGAGGGAUUAUCCCAGGAACUAUCCUUAGUUUUUUAGAAUCUGAACUUCAGAAACUGGAUGGUGAAGAUGCAAGAAUAGCAGAUUAUUUUGAUGUUAUCUCAGGAACAAGCACAGGUGGUCUUGUCACUGCCAUGCUAGCGGCUCCAGAUGAAAAUAACCGACCUGUCUUUGCUGCCAAGGAUAUCAAUGAUUUCUACUUAAACCACUGCCCUCAUAUCUUCCCACAGAGCAGUUCUCCAGUAUUUCCUUAUCUUAUAAAGAUUAUCAAAGCUCUAGCUGGACCAAAGUAUGAUGGGAAAUAUCUGCAUAACCUUGUUAAGGAAAAACUAGGACAUACAAAAUUGGAAAAGACAUUGACUAAUGUUGUUAUUCCAUCAUUUGACAUCAAAACACUCCAGCCAACCAUUUUUUCUAGCUAUGAGGUAAAGAAAAACCCAAGCAUGAAUGCCUUACUCUCAGAUAUUUGCAUAGCAACCUCAGCUGCCCCAACUUAUCUUCCAACUUAUUACUUUGAAACUGUAGACCACGAGGGGAACGUGAGAGAAUUUAACCUUACAGAUGGUGGUGUUGCUGCUAAUAAUCCGGCUUUACUUGCCAUUGGUGAAGUGACAAAGCAGAUCAUUCGAGGAAAUUCUGACUUCUUUCCAAUAAAACCAAUGGACUAUGGAAGGUUUCUGGUGAUAUCAUUAGGAACUGGCUCACAAAAAGCCGAAGGAAAAUACAGGGCACUCAAGGCAGCUAAGUGGGGCCUGCUAGACUGGUUAACAAGUGGUGGUUCCACCCCAAUUAUUGAUGUAUUUUCUCACGCAAGUGCAGAUAUGGUUGAUGUCCACCUCUCUGUGGUUUUUCAAGCCCUUCAUUCUGAGAAAAAUUACUUGCGGAUUCAGGACGAUACCUUGGUUGGGACAGUAACUUCUGUGGACGUGGCCACAAAACAAAAUUUGGAUGAUCUUGUGAAAGCUGGUGAAGAGUUGCUAAAGAAACCAGUUGCUAGGGUGAACCUGAACACAGGAGUUUAUGAGGCUUCUAACCAUGAAACUAAUGAAGCUGCCCUCACAAGGUUUGCAAAAUUACUCUCCCAAGAAAGGCAUCUUCGCCAUGCAAGGUCCCCCGCUGGACAUGCUCAUGAUCAUCAAGCCACCAGUACUCACGAAACAAAUGGUCUUAGUAGACUAAGCAUAUAAUUUUUUUGCUAAUGUUGUAUUAAGGGUUGAGAUUAUAUCAAAUGCGUCAAUACAUUGGACAUAUUAAAAUGCGGACACAUAUUCGUAUUUCUACGCAUCUAGAGUAUUAGUGUAUUAGACAUAAAUCAUAUCUUUGUAUUAAAGUGUUGUAACAUCAAGGAUGGGACACAAAAAUCCCACCUUUUAAUUUUUUGAUAGUAUUGGUUUGAAUAAAAUGUUGAGUAAGAUAACUGGACACCGACACAAAUUUAUUUUUUUUAUUUUUUUUGGUGGGUGAUUUAUAAUUGAUAAAUGAAAGCCAAUUUAGCUUC